GGUGUGAGCUUAGCGCGUAGUUUGCACCCGCCAGUCACCGAGUCACCAAGUCCCCACCGAGAUGUUCCAGCUGGAGAAGAUCGGUAUCCUGCUCGGCCUCACCCUUGUGGCCAUCGGCGGCGUUCACAGUUUCGGCCAGUUUCACAUGAAGCACUAUCAACUGCAGAGGAACUACAACACCCAGGAGGAUUCCAGCGAAAAUGACAAUAGUGUUUUACGCACCUUCCGGCGUUGCAUGUGGGAGCAGUCGAAGUUCCUGCCCCGCCGCCUCGUCCUCCUCAGCCUGUGCUCGAACCUGUUCUGCGAGAACAAUCACAUAAUGCCGCGUUCCAGGUCUAUUUUCGUAGUGGAAAAAAUGUCUAGGCCGAAUGACUGCCUGGACAUCCUGCCCGACCAGUGCGAACAGGGCGAUGAGGAGGAGCUGAUGUACAAGCCAUUCCCGGACUGUUGUCCGGUCUAUUGCAAUCUGAAGCGACGGAUGCAGCGCCUCCGCACCAUGCACUUCCGGCAUCGCCUCCUCCGGAAUACGCAGGACGGCUCGCCGGGCGGCAACUCCGGCGGCUCCUCCUCCUCCACCGGCGGUGAUGGUCCCACCAAUUCCCUGCUCAGCGAAUUUGUCUACAACAACUACUAGGUCCUGGAUGGGUAGUAUCCGGGUCCGGAAAAGAGGCAUUCUGUCGCCAGUACACUGAGCCAAAAAGGCAUCACAUCACGCCCCACCAUAUGUUAUAACUGGAUAGUCUAGACUCUAGAGUCUUAAAGAGUGUAUCGUAUUUAAAUAUUUAAGUUAAAAAAUAUGAAAAUAAAUAAUAAUAAAUAUAUAGUAUUUUUUCAGUGAA